AUGAGGAUGGAUAAUGACAGCGCUCUGUCUGAGUUCAUCCUCCUGGGGCUCCCCAUUCGAGCAGAAGACCAAGCUUUGUACUCUGUCCUGAUCCUGGCCAUGUACCUGACAACUGUGCUGGGGAACCUGCUCAUCAUCCUACUCAUCAGGCUGGACUCUCACCUCCACACCCCCAUGUACUUCUUCCUCAGCCACUUGGCCUUCACAGACAUCUCUUUUUCAUCAGUCACAGCUCCUAAGAUGCUCGUGAAUAUGCUGACACACAGUAAGUCCAUCCCAUAUACAGGGUGUGUUUCCCAGGUGUAUUUUUUCACUGUUUUUGCAAGCAUUGAUAGCUUUCUUCUAACAUCCAUGGCAUAUGACAGGUAUGUGGCCAUCUGCCAUCCUCUGCAUUAUAACAUCAUCAUGAAUCUGAGGCUCUGUGUUCUUCUAGUAGUAAUAUCAUGGGCCUUAUCUUUAACCAAUGCUCUUGCGCACACCCUUCUCUUGGCUCGCCUAUCUCACUUUAGAAACAAUACCAUCCCCCACUAUUUCUGUGACCUCUCUACCUUGCUGAAGCUGUCUAGCUCAGACACCACCAUCAAUGAGCUGGUCAUCUUUGUUUUAGGUAAUGUGGUCAUUACCCUGCCAUUCAUAUGCAUUCUGGUUUCUUAUGGCUACAUUGGUGUCACCAUUCUGAAAACUCCCUCCAUCAAGGGAAUCCACAAAGCCUUGUCCACGUGUGGCUCUCACCUCUGUGUGGUAUCCUUGUACUAUGGGGCCAUCAUUGGACUAUAUUUUGUCCCCUCAUCUAAUAACACUAAUGACAAAGAUGUCAUUGUGGCUGUGAUGUACACUGUGGUCAUACCCAUGCUGAAUCCCUUUAUUUAUAGUCUGAGGAAUCGGGAUAUGAAAAGAACACUGAGAAAUAUCCUCAGCAGAACAAAAUGA